AGAAAAAUCCUUAGAAAUUAUAUGUAAGGCGUCACACUAAAUGCGAAAGAAGAAGACAAAAAUUGCUCGUCAUUCGCAGUAGGAAGUUUCAUAAAAUAUUUCCAAAACCUACAAAUUCGACGCAUUAUAUAUCCCCUCUCAAGAAGCGCCCGCAUCAUGUUUGGCAGACAGAGUGGACUGGGCAGUUCCAGCAACAGCAGCAACCUGGUGGAGUUCCGCGCCGGUCGCAUGAACAUGGUUGGCAAGAUGGUUCAUCCGGACUCGCGGAAGGGCCUUGUUUACAUGACCCAAAGCGAUGAUGGCCUGAUGCACUUCUGCUGGAAGGAUCGCACCUCCGGCAAGGUGGAGGACGACCUUAUCGUCUUCCCCGACGACUUCGAGUACAAGCGCGUGGAUCAGUGCAAGACGGGCCGCGUCUAUGUGCUCAAAUUCAAGUCCUCAACUCGCCGGAUGUUCUUCUGGAUGCAGGAGCCCAAGCUGGACAAGGACGACGAACACUGCCGCCGCAUUAACGAGCUGUUGAACAAUCCCCCGUCCGCCCACCAGCGCGGCGGAGGCGGCAGCAACGACGGCGACCUGCAGUACAUGCUCAACAACAUGUCGCAGCAGCAGCUGAUGCAGCUCUUCGGCGGCGUCGGCCAGAUGGGCGGUCUCAGCUCGCUGCUUGGUCAAAUGAAUUCCCGUACGCCCUCGUCGCGCAACACCUCAUCGGGUGGUGGGGCUGGCUCGGCCUUGCAGACGCCCGAAAACGUCAGUGUUCCCCGCACGCCGACCGCCCCUUCCAAAUCGGGCAGCAGCCGCAGCAGCAGCAAUGUGAACUCGCAGGCCGGCGAGGCUGCCGGCAGUGCCGGCUCCUCCGUUGAUGCGGAUGCCUCCGGUAAGAACUCAACCACAUCGACCACAACGGCGUCAGAAUCGACCAGAGCCUAUGCCAAUCCAUUCCAAGCCUACUUAUCCAAUCUCUCCCCCGAACAUGGCGCAGGACGAUCCCUAAACAUUGACCUAUCGACUGCGCUGUCCGGUGCCGAGGCCAUCAAUCAGCUCAUCGCUGAUCCGGAUCGCGUUAAGUCGCUGAUCGUACACUUGCCGGAGUCGGAGGAUGCGGACGCGGAUCGCAAGCAACAGAUCAAGGACCACAUCACCUCCCCGCAGUUCCAGCAGGCCCUCGCCCAGUUCUCGAAUGCCCUACAGUCGGCCCAACUGGGACCCGUAGUCAAACAAUUCGAGCUUUCCAAUGAAGCGGUGGCUGCUGCCUUCUCCGGCAACCUGGAGGACUUUGUUCGCGCCCUGGAGAAAAGCCUGCCUGCCGGAGCCACCAUGGGCAGCGAACCGUCGGGCAACGAGAAGAAGGGUGAUGCGGAAACCCCCACUGUAGUGGCCCGCGAUGAGAACACCGAUCCCGCUGCUGAGAAGCAGGAGGAAAAGCAGAAAUAGCUUUUGAUCGUGCCACAACUAUAAGUAAAAUGCGUUUGAAAGCAUAUAUUUUCAAGUUUUGAAGUAUUUUUGCGAUUCUGAAUAAAUUAACAAGGGAGUUACAAAUUCAUUGAAAUUAA